AGGCACGCUCUCCGCCUUGGCGGUGACGCUUGGGCGGAAUACCUUGUCGCAUCAGCCUAUUGCCUCUGGUUCUUGCAGCUUCCUGCUUACCUAGCUUCGAUUUCAUCGUGGCGCAGCUUCUACGAAGCAGGGAUUAUUGCCUCUGGAUCUAGAAACAUUAGUACAUCAAACUUGCCGAUGAAUCAACAAAAUAUAUGUAAAUCACAAGAAAAGCCAAAGCUAGACCAGAUGCAAAAGAAGGGUGAUGAAGAUUUGCACAAAAAUGCGCAAUUGCUGACACCUACAUCGCAUCCACUCAUUGAUUCAGCAUCAUACCCAUGCUCAAAUGAGACUCGAACUUAUACAGCUACCAGAGAUGAGAGUCUAUUAUCAAAUAGUAGCAACUUCCGCUGGCCACCUCCGGCAACUGCAUCAGAAGUUCUCAAAGACAAUAGUCUGUUGUCAACUGGCGCUCACUGUGGUAGCCUGGAUGAAUCUGGGACUGGAAAAGACGGAUUAUGGUCAGAGGAGGCUAUUUCAGCUGAGGAGGCAAUAAGCCAAUGCUUGAUUGGUGCUGUUCAAGUGUUCUAUAGAUUGCACCAGCAUGGGUUAAAACUACCAGACCAAGUAAGAUAUGUCAUAGAUAUUAAGACCGAGAUGGUGUGCAGUAAGCAGUGA